CCUGUGUGCGUGUGUUAAGAGGCGCAAAAAUAAUAAAAUCGAAUAAAAUAACAAUGAUAGCAACAAAAUAGCAACAGAAAACAAAAAGCUAAUGAGCGCAAGCAUUUAUAAAUAACACACUAAAUGAAACAUAGUCGCCAAAUAUAUCCGAAUUGAAAAUAUAGUAUGUGUGUGUAUAAUUUUUAAACAGCUGUUGCUCAUCGUUGUCGGCCGAGCAUUUUAAAUAAAUAGCACAACAAUUUCUGAAACGAAUACAAAAUAAAAUAAAAAACCAGUAUAAAAAUAUACACAAACGACACUCAGAAGAACGAGCGCCAACAAGAAGUACUUUUGGAAAAGUGCGAGUGCGCUAAUGUGCAAAGUUUUGUGCUUUUUUUCAUCAAAAUUCGCGCAGCGCUGCACAAAACAUAGAAAAUUAUUUAAAAAGUGUGUGUAAAUAGAAAAAACACGCGACGAGAUUUCGCCCCUCCGGAGAAUUAACAGUUGAGAGCAGUUAACGGCAACAACAACAACAACAGUAGCAACAAAAAUGCCCUUUGUGACGCCUCGAAGCGCGACAAGUACCGGCAACAGUGCGGGGAGUGGUGCUGCUGGCGGACGCACCACAUUUCGCCCACCCUGGGUGAAGGAGGAUGCUACAACAACAACAACAACUGCUGCUGCCAAACCUUGGGCCAAAAAGGCAACUGCAAGUGCAGUGCAGAAGGAAAAUGGUGAAAAGCCCGCAGCCACCACAACCAACAGCACAACAACGGCUGCGAGCAAAACUAAAGCAGGCAGCAACAGCAGCAGCACCACCUCCCCCAGCAGCACCACCACAGCAAAGACAGCCGCCGCCAAAACGACUGAGCCGGUGAAGAAAGUGUUGGAGCCCAUCAAGAAAACCACCACAGCGGCGGGCGCGGCAAAGAAGCCCUCGGAGCCGCUUAAAAAGGCGCCAGAAGUGGCGGCUAAAAAAGUGGCGCCCAAUAGCAGCUCAGCAGUGGCAACAAAAAAGCCCACCACUGUGGCGGCCAGUAAGAAGAAGGCGCCCACACCGCCGCCCGAAUCAUCGUCCGAAGAAGAAGAGGAAACCGAUGAGGAAGAGGAGGAGACCGAAGAAGAAGUAACCGAGGAGGAAACCGAAACAGAGGAGGAAAGCGAAGAGGAGGAGGAGGAGAGCAGCGAUGACGAUGACGAUAACGAUAGCAGCGCCACGAAAAAGAAUGUGCCCGAGCAUGUGAAGAAGGCCGCCCAACUGCGUCCCACAACGGUCAACAAGCGUGCGGAGGAGCAGGAAAGUGAGUUGAAACAGCGUUUCACAAUAGAAAAGCCAAAAUUGCGCGCGGUGACGGUCAAGCGCGAUAAAUCGAUGAAAAAGGUGAUCGAUGACGAUGACGAGGCCGAAGAGGGUGAGACAGAGGAGGAGCGGGAACGUAGGCUGCGUUUUAAGCUUGAGAAACCGCAAUUACGGCAUGUUAAACGUGAGGAGAAACCCUUGCCUAGCAAGAGUACCGAUAAUUUACUGAAACUGAGACCCGCACUCAAAAAGGUGCCCAAAAUUGAUGAAAUACUCAAAGAACCCAAAGAAGAACCCAAGCCCGAAUUCAAGACCAAAACUUUGCGCAAGGCACCCUCUAUAAAGCGAGAGCCGAGCAUUAAAAAUGUUCCUGCGCCCCCGCCCCUGCCCUCGUUAGUGCCCAAGGCGCCCCCACCACCGCCGCCCCCAUUGACGGCAGGCGAGAAGCGCGAACUGACCGAAACCCAGAAGGCAGCGCUCGAAAAGCUCAAAACGCGCCCACGCCGUCGUCCCGACUGGUCCGAGAUGAUGAAGGAAGUGGAGAGCGGCAAGAAGCUGCGACACGUGGCAUGCAAUGACAGAUCUCAGCCUAUACUGACUUGCAAAUCGAUGACUAAAGUGGAUGAUAAAUUCAUCUAUGAGACAGAGAAGGAUAAUUCACACAACAAGCUGCUUAAACAGAUUCAGGGUGGCAUUAAAUUGCGGCCCACACGGACAAAUGAUCGCAGCAAACCCAUUUUGGAGGGUCUACGAAAGUUCCGACGUCAAAUGACCAUCGAGGAACAGCUCCAGAAGUCCCAGUCCAAAAUAAAUAUGCUCAGUGAGGCACCGUCGAGCACGAAUUUGGGGCCAGCGAGUGUCGCUGGUGGUGCGCCACGUGCCAGCAUUGUCUCUGCGAUGUCGAUUGAUGAGGAAAGUCCCGACGAGUUGGACGACAUUGACAAGAUACGGGAUGAUCUGCAGAGCACAAAACAAAUGCUGGCGCUGGAGCUGCGAAAUCGUGAGGCCCAGGAGCGUGAGAACAAGAAGCUGUUGGCCAAAAUACGAACGCUCGAAACGGAGCUGGAGCGGGAGAAGAGCCGUGAAAAGAAUCUGGAGUAUGGCUCCAAUGUAAUUGUGGCCACCAUGGACCCCACACCCACAUCGGAGCAGGCGUAUGUGAAUUCGCUGAAGCGCGAGGUGGAGGAUGCGCGCAAGACGUCCAAGGAAGUGGAGAAAAACUAUCACGCGACAAGCGACUUGCUCGUGGAGGCCAAAACGGAAAUCGAGGAACAAAAGCGCCAGAUACAACUGUUGGAGCGCAAAUUGGCAGCCGCUUUGCAGGGUAAUACGACACCAAGCACUAACAGACCGCAUAUUAGUAUUUGCUUUGCUUACGACGACGACGACUACGACGAGGCCCAUCAUAACAUUGGCGGGAUGGGUAAUCACGGCCUCUACAAGGGUGGCGGCUCAUUGGAUGGCUCGAGACGUGCCAGCGAUGCGCAUUUCGGACGUGACAGUUCACCGGAGCUCGAGCUGGAGCUAAGUGAAAGCGAUCCGGACGAGCCGGAGGAGAAGAAGACCGAGAGACGUGAACGCCGGUUGGGCAAGGAAGUGAAAGUGCUGCGCAGCAAGCUGACCAAGCUGAAGGUUAAGCAGGAGGCAGCCAAGAAGGAGAAGGAUGCACUUAAACAGGCCAUGAAAAAGAAUCAUGUCAUACUCAAGGAGGAGAACAAGAAAUUCAAAAAAUUGGAAAAGGAAGUGCAAAAAAUGGCUGCGUCGAUGAAACUGGACGAGGACGACGAAGAUGGCGAGGAGAAGGAGGAGGAAGAGGAGCCAGAAGGCGAACACGAAAGCGAAGCGGAGACCGCCAGCGAAUCCGAGGAGUCGGAAAGUGAAGAGAGCGAAGAGGAGACGGGCAGUGAAUCGGAGGCAGAGGAUUCGCCAAACUCAGCCAAGAAGACAAAUCUGGAGCCGCGCGUUAAGAAGCACGAAAGCCGCUUCGCAGCUAUGAAGAAGUGCAAUGUACUGUUGCAGGCCAAUGUGGACAAUUUGCAGGAUCAAAUUUCACAAGUCAGAUCCCGGGCGACAAAUCUGCAGGACGAACUAGACGCGGUUAUUGCCGAUUUGGGUUUCUAGGUGCUACGUGUGUUUUGUUUUCUAUUUUUUCUGUUAAACCACAAAGUUUGCGUAGUGUUCCUUUUGAAUGUAUUUAAAAAUAUAUAUAGAAUAAUUAAAUA